GUGAGACGGUGCAUGGGCUGACUGACUACAUGAUUUCUCAAUUAUUUGGUUCAUUCAAGAAACAAGUGAAAUUCAUUAAUGCCAUCCAGCAGCUAAAGGACACUUGCAUCAACGUUCCAGCUCCAGUUACACCGUCUGAGUCAAGCUCUGCUCAAAGUCCACAGGUGUCUACUGGUCCAUGCUUCCCAAGUGUUUUUGUUCUGCCUAAGUUUCCAAAGAACAUUCAGACUAGAUUGGAUAAUAAAGAACCAUGCAAAACCGGACUAUUCCGAAGCAAAAUCGUUGGGGUGCUUCAAGAAUCCAUGGCACAGUAUACAAUGUAUCCCUCAAAUGACGAGUAUGUCAGAGUUUCAAAGGCGCUGGUGACUAAAUAUCCUUUUUUAAAGGAUCUUGAGGGGAAUGGCUAUCACACAUGGCACAUGUCCUUAAAGCGCAAGUUCAAGACGGAGCGUGCACCCCUUGUCCAAUCAGAACAAGUAAUGAAUUUCAAAGCCAAAUUCGGUCAUCGCAAGGCGAGGUCAACCGAAGAAGCACCCCAGUCAAGUUGUACAAAAAGGAACAAACCGGACUAUGAGUGUGAACUUCCUGUUGGUGAAGACUCUGUUUCCAUUGAUGCCCAUGUUAAAGAAUUGCACAUGCAGUAUGAACGGGCCCAACCUGAUCGAGCCAUUGUGGAGGACAAAAUGAGGCGAACAUUUCAGUGGAGGAGACGCGAGCUUCAGCAAGCAGUGUCUGCUGUAGAGGCCAUCAAUAAAUAUCCAUUCCUGAAAACACCAUCUGGGCUCUUCCAGGAAAUGGGCCUGAUCUGCAAAAUGCCCGAUGUAAACCAACGGUUUAGAGAAUCAUUCCGAAGUCUAGUGCCUGCGCUGCUUCAAGCAAUCCAUGGAAAGACCUCGCUGGAAAAGCUGUACUUGGAAGCAAGAGCUGAAUUGUCUUCAGAGGAAGUAAAUGACGUAGACUUCCGAGCUGCCCUGGUCCUGUUACCAAUACUCUUCAAAGAGAAACUGGACAAUUACAUUUCGCUGACUGAUGGAGAACCAGCGACGCCCUACCCCACCGUCCAAGUGGCUGGGUCAUACACCUGGACUCAGGUUUUCACAGAGAAACGCGUUCCAGUGACCAUAAAGGUGGAUGGCUCCACUUUCUGCAGUGCCGUUGGUGUGGAGGAUGGAGUUCUGUCAGCUUUCUGCAUGUAUUUUGUUUUCUCUCUUCAGUACCCUAGCCACAACAGAAACACACUCAUAUUUCUGCAACGACACAUCUUGAAAGUAACCGACCCUGCUGAUAAGGCCUUGCCAACAGCUGUUCUGAGGGCCAUUAAUUUACUGGCUUGAGUAUGCCUCGCCCCUUUUCUUGUCCAAAGUGCUCCCGGAGAGCCUUUACUUUAGUCAAACUGAUUCAUCACGUCGGAUUAAUUCAUUCGCAUGAGGCUGAUUUUUCUAUUUGCUGCGGCCUUGAUGAUUGUCAAUGUACAUUUACAAAAUAUGAGUCUUACAGGAGGCACAUAUACAGAAAACAUAAAAAGUGGGUUGUGGCCCCUCAAGAAUUGACUGUGGAGGACGAGGAGGUUGAAGAAAACGCAUAUGAAAACAAUUUGGUAGAGUUUGAUGAGCCAAGCCAUGCAGAUAUCAACACUCUUAAAGAAAGCAUACAGAAAAUGUUGAUGACCCAUUCCUUGAAAUGGAGAGAGAAACAUGUUCUUCCUCAGUUAGUUCAGCAAGACAUUACUGAUGACGUGGCUGUUAUUUUGAGUAACUUCAAAGAACAGUAUGACACUCUUAUUACUCAACAUUUGGAACAAAAAGGAUUUAGUUUAUCCGACUGUCCUGAGCUUGCAGAACUUUUUCAGUCUCCUGAUCUGUUUAGUGAGGCUGCUAAUGUGGUUCACUCUAAACAUUUGUUUACAGAGUACUGUAAAUCAAAUCUGGACCUGACUGAAUCUGUGCAGUAUAUUCUGAGAGAUUCUCUUGGGUCAAAAGUUGGAACAUGUUCAUAUGUCCCCAUAAUUGACGUUUUGAAAAAAUACUGUAGUCAUAAUGAUAUUUGGGAACAUAUACAGUUUCAAAAUAACCAGUUGGUGAAUAAGGAUGUCUUAACUGACUAUAGAGAUGGUUUACUAUUUAAGGAGCACCCAUUUUUCAAAAUUCAUUCCGAUGCCCUACGCUUACACUUUUAUCAGGAUGAAUUUGAGGUCGUUAAUCCUCUGGGUGCUAA